AUUCUCCGACGACCUUUAAACCUCAAAAUUCCUGAUAUAAAUCCACACAUAUUUGAAUUUUCUUUCAUAUCCUCAUCAUAAUCAUCAAUCAGUAAAUCCACAAAAACUCUUCAAUCAUGUCAUCUUAUCAAAAGAGACAGCCUCUACCAAAAUUUGGUGAAUGGGAUGUAAAAGAUCCAGCCUCAGCUGAAGGAUUCACAGCCAUAUUUAACAAAGCUAGAGAUGAGAAGAGGACUGGUGAGAAUGUUUCAGUUGUAACCACUGAGGCUGCAAAACCACAGCAAAAACAUGCUGCAUAUAAGGAGAGAAACAAACAUAAAUUUUCCAUUAAGAGAAAAUGGUUUUGCUGUGCUUGAAAUCACUGCAACUUUUUGAGACAAAAAGAACUUGCUGCAGGAGCCAUUAGACAUUUUUUAUUGGUUGAUCAUCCUGUUUUGCUUUUCUUUUUUAGUGCCUAGUAUUUCCAUGUUUUUCAUGGAAUUUUUCUAGGCACUUUCUUUUUCCUUUUUUGAUUAAGUUAAGAGUUUGCAGAACUUUGCUUUAUGUGUUUUCCUUGUGAAAGGAGGCCAUUGUAAUGCUACAAAUUUUGCACAUUUUCAUUUGGGAUGGCUUCUUACUCUGUUAGUACUUAGCACUUUUAUUUCAUUGUAACAAAUACAAAAAGAACAGCAGUAAUGUACUAGUCCAAUAGAAGUUUUAACAGUGCAAAACGAAAUAAUGAAUCCCAUUUAUGAUCCCUUGUCAGCUUGGUGAAAGUGAUUUUUAU